AAAUUUUUUUUCUUUUAAAUUGUAAAUUGUAAAUAGUUUUAGAAUUUAAUAAAUCUUUUAAAUAAAAAAACAGAUUUUUUUGAUUAACAUUUUUAAAAACUAUUUUAAACUAUUGAUAAAUUGAAUUAACACAAACAAUUAUUAAAUGUGUAAUUUAUUUUGAUUCACGAUUUUUUUUAUCGAAGAAAAUGUCGACGAAAAACAAAUUUACCGGUGUCCUUAUAUUUGGUGCCGCUUUUACGAUUCGGUUAAUUCUUUUUCAAUCUUCAAGUAUAACAGAAACUUUAGGAAGUCGAGUAGAAAUUGUAACCCCCGUAACGAGUUUUACUCGACUUACUGAAGGACUUUAUUUAUUUGAAAAUGGGGUUCCGCCAUAUGAUGGUGGUGCCUUUCAUCAAGCUCCAUUAUUACUUGCAUUUUUCCAAUUACUUGGUUAUUUACCAGUUAUUUUUACAAAAUUAACGUUUGUAUUGAUGGAUCUCAUUUUAGCUUAUUGUUUGAUGAAUAUCGCUGGAAUAAAACAACAACUUUAUUAUAAUUUUCCUAAACUUGAGAUUGAAUUAAAAGAUAAUGUACCGAAAGAAAUUGAUCCAUGGGUUGUUACUGGAUUUUAUUUAUUUAAUCCAUUGACAAUCGCAUCAUGCCUUUCAAAAUCUACGAUUAUAUUUACUAAUUUAUCGAUAAUUCUUGGAAUUUAUUAUUCGCUCAAACAUAAUAAGAGUUAUGGAAUGUUUUGGAUCGCAAUGGCAACAUAUUUGAGCUUUUAUCCAUUUAUGUUGUUUUUACCUUUAAUACUAAUUUUCACAAAUAACGUUGAAUCAAGUGGGAAAAUUAUUAAAAGCGAAAUUAUUGGAUGUGUUGGAUUAUUUGUUGUAUGGUUAAGUGGAUUAUUAAUAUUUUCAUAUUUUCUAGUUGGUUCUUGGGACUUUUUAGGUGCUACGUAUGGCGUCAUACUCUUAUUGCCAGAUUUAACGCCAAAUAUUGGAUUAUUUUGGUAUUUUUUUAUCGAAAUGUUUGAUCAAUUUAGAAGUUUCUUUUUGGUGGUUUUUCAAUUACACGCGUUCGUAUUUAUGGUACCAGUUUCAACAAAAUUUAGAAAACAUCCGUUAUUUUCAAUUUUUAUAUUGAGCGGGAUAAUGGCAAUAUUUAAAUCAUAUCCAUCAAUUGGAGAUGCUUCUCUUUAUUUGGCAUUUCUUCCAAUUUAUUCGGAAAUAAUAAAAUAUAUGCGAUAUAAUUUUUUAACAACUAAUAUAUUUUGUUACUGUUCAAUAUUAUCACCAAUAUUUUAUCAUUUAUGGAUAUACGCAGGUAGCGGGAACGCUAAUUUUUUUUACGCUAUCACUUUAGUUUAUACUAUUGGUAAUAUCAUUUUAUUAGUUGAUGCUACCUUUGCUAUGUUUAGAAGGGAAUUUGAUAUUUGGAAUCCUGAUCUUAAAAAUUAUGAAAUUAUUCAAAAAUAAAAAUAGUAAUAAAAAAAAAAAGAAAGUAAAAAAAUUUAACGUAAAUGAAUCAUAGAUAGAUUAUUGUAAAAAAAAAAAUAACGCAAAAAACGUGAAUCACGUAUUUGAAUUUUAUAGAUUAUUG